AUGUCUUAUCCAUUUUUCUUGACAUUUCUUACCACAAUCCUUACGCCAUGCUUAGCUGACCAAGUGGCCUUCCAUGCCGACUCGCAGUACAACGAUGGUAAAUAUGGCAGCUAUGUUACACAGAUCUUCAAAUCGCAUCCGCAGGUUACGGCAGUGCCGAUUGUCAAUUUCAUGAAACCUUUCACUUCCUGCGAUGAUGGAUCUUACCUCUUUCUUGCCCCUCGAGGAGAUGCCGCGGAUGCGACGCCGAUGAUAUUGGACGUCACCGGAAGUCCCAUUUGGGCGUCAACGCAGAAGUACGGCGAAGUAUACAACCUACAAGUGCAGAAAUACAAGAACGAAGCAUUUCUUACAUUCUGGGGCGGCAAUGAUGCAGUGGGUGGCCAUGGCAUCGGGACAUACUUCAUGCUCGAUCAGCAAUAUCAGGAACGAUACCGAAUUGAAGCCGCCAAUGGCUUGGGCGCCGAUUUACAUGUCUUCACCAUUACGGAAAGUGGCACUGCUCUCAUAUCGAUCUACGACACAAAAUAUACCAACCUCGACAGCAAAGUCGGAUAUGAGAGGCAAGGCUGGAUUUGGGAUUCCAUAUUCCAAGUAAUUGACCUCGAAACGGGAGAAGCUGUGUUCGAAUGGCGUGCCAAUGACCACAUUGAAGUGGCACAGUCCUAUGCUGCUGUCAAUGAAGCUGCAGAGACAGACCCUUGGGACGCUUACCAUCUCAACUCAGUAGAGAAGGACAAGGAAGGAAAUUACCUCAUCUCUUGCCGGUAUCUGCGUGCGCUUAUCUACAUCGAUGGCAGAACAGGAGAUGUCCUCUGGCAACUCGGUGGCCAUAAAAACUCUUUCACAGAUCUAUCCGGCGGCAAAGCCACGACAUUUCUCGGGCAGCACGACGCACAUUUCCUCGAAAAGGACGGGAAAACGUUCGUCACAUUCUUCGACAACAACGCAGACUGGGACCAUAGCAUGGACGACCAAUCCAAAGGAACCAGAAUUGAACUCGACUUCGAAGCAAGGACCGCGAAACUCGAUGUCGCAAUGUACGAUCCCACAACCAAGAUUCUAAGUUCUUCCCAGGGCUCUUACCAAACCCUUCCAAACGGCCACGUAGUUCUCGGGUACGGCUUCAACGGCGCUAUGGCCGAGUUUUCCGAAGAUGGCAAACUCCUCUGCGAUGCCUACUUCCAGCCUUCUUCGACUUUCGGCACAGGAGCAGUGCAAAGUUAUCGAAAUCUGCGAUUCAAUUGGACUGCUUAUCCCAUCACGAAGCCUUCACUCGUCUUCGACGAGCAAACGCUCUACAUGAGCUGGAAUGGCGCAACGGAGGUCGCCUCGUGGUUACUCGUGGACUUUGAUGACGACGAAACCAACAACGCUGCCACUGAUGACAAUGACGAUGAAAAUGUCAGACCGAGCAGAAGGAGUCCCUCGUCCACAACUCUAAUUCCGAAAUCAGGUUUCGAAACAGAGUACAAGGUCGACAUCAAUACGAGUCUCAAACGCUUUUUGCGCGUCAUAGCAUUGGAUUCCACAGGCCUACCGCUUGGGACAUCCGAAGCAGUAGAUAUCGGCGACUUAGCAGCUGUGGAAGCCGAAGCAGAUUCGAUGGAAGAGGAGAAACAACGAAUUGCUAAUGAAACCAUCGAUCAAAGGAUCUUGAUUGGAUUCGGUGGAUUGGCAGGGUUGAGCGUCGUGCUUGUCUUGUUGUGGAGCUUUACACGUCGGCGUAAGGCGGGGUAUAGAGUCGUGGGCCAUAGACAUCAAGGAUCGGAAGAGAAAGAGAAUGAUAGACGUGGAGCGUUUAUUCAUGCUUGGCAGCAUUUGCGGGCGAAGUUGCCUGGUAGAAGGGAUAGCGGGGAUGAUUGGGGAGAUUUGGCUGCUGCAGAGGGACUGUUGACUGAGGAGGAGAGUCGAAUGAUCGCUUUACAGAUACCUGGAACUGGUGGUGGGUAUAGAUGA